UAUAGCUCAAAAACGAUUGCAUUAUCAUUCGUCAACCUCCAAAACCAAACACCAAGCGGGUUCUUUACGCGCGAAGGUUGGAUAAUACGUGAAAAUGGAACUUUAAAACCACGCAACCUCAACAUUUCAUACAUUUAUUCACUGGUUUUAUAUUUUUUGCCGAACAUCUGGAAGACGCGUUUUCUCAUCCUGGAUAAGUUUUCGAAGUGCGUAACUGUUACCAGCCCUGAUGGACACAUUGCUCAUAUCGACGCCGGUGGGUUUUUUUGUUGCAGCAAACGCGAAGAGGAGGUGCGGGUAAUGAAAAAUCAUCUCUGAAGUUUCGCAACCUUUUUCGCACCUGAGUUUAAACAUCAUCCACUGCGUGGAAUGGCAUCCAGCAAAGUUUAGUUUCCAAAUGGAACUCCUUCAGAGUCAGAUCACAAGAAACGUUUGUAUCUGACUGUGUUUAGCCUACAACAAAUUUCAGCCUUCAGAGUUUGACAGUUCAGCAUGGAUACAUUGAGAAUUGCCAGACAUUGCAUGUUCUUUGCAUGCUUUUGCUCCAUAUGGAGGAGUUCAGCAGCAGAUCACAGCCUGUCAGACCACCUACAGCCGGCCAAUGGAUUGUCUGAACUGUGUGCUAUUGAUGAGCUGCUUUGUCAGGAUGAAAACGCCCUGCUGAGUUUCGAGGCCAUCCUCAGCAUUCACAAAGACAUGGACGACGAUGCAGACGGCAGCGUGGAUGUGACAGAAACAGAUGGGUUUCUAAGGGAGGACCUGAAGUACCACGACACCAAAGGAAAACACAAGAGCUUUCAUAGAGCAGAUAUGCUGAUCACGGUGGAGGACAUGUGGAACUCCUGGAAGGCCUCUGAAGUGUAUAACUGGACAGUAGAGGAAGUAGAGGAGUGGCUCAUCAGAUGUGUAGAGUUGCCACAAUAUGCUGAGUCCUUCAAGAAAAACGGCAUGAGUGGCAGAGCUCUGCCCAGACUGGCAGUAAAAAAUGCCACCCUCCUGCUUGCCGUGCUGAAGAUACCAGAUCGCAGUCAUGCACAGAAGCUGCAGCUGAAAGCUCUGGACACGGUCCUGUUUGGGCCACCAGUGAACAGACACAGUCAUUUAAAGGACUUGAUGCUGGUGGUGUCCAUCGUGAUUGGAGUUGGGGGCUGCUGGUUUGCUUACAUCCAGAGCAGAAACUCUAGAGACCACAUUAGCAAGAUGAUGACGGACCUGGAUGGACUGCAGAGAGCUGAGCAGAGUCUCCUAGACCUCCAGCAGAAACUGCAGAUCGCUCAGCAGAACCAACACACGGUGGAGGUGGAGAAGGUCCGGCUGGAGCAGAAGCUACAAGACGAGAUAGACACGGCCAAACAAGAAGCGCAGAGACUGCGAGAACUGCGCGAGGGCACUGAGAACGAACUGAGCAGACAGAAAUAUGCAGAGGAAGAGCUGGAACAGGUGCGCAUGGCUCUGAAGAAGGCUGAGAAGGAGCUGCAGUCCAGGAGGAGCUGGAGUCCACCUGAAGAUCUUCAAAAGUGGCUGCAGCUCACUCAUGAAGUGGAGAUUCAGUACUACAACAUCAAGAAACAGAAUGCUGAAAGACAGCUCAUCGUGGCUAAAGAAGGAGCGGAAAAGAUCAAGAAGAAGAGAGGAACGCUUUUUGGAACGUUUCACGUGGCUCACAGCUCAUCGUUGGACGAUGUCGAUCACAAAAUCCUGUCAGCUAAACAAGCGCUGGGUGAGGUGACCGCUGCCCUCAGGGAAAAACUCUAUCGCUGGCAACAAAUUGAGCAGCUGACAGGUUUUGUUAUCGUGAACAAUCCUGGAAUGUCCUCUCUCGCUUCUGCUCUUAACCUGGACCCGACGUUUAUUGGCAUCCGCCCUGCUACACCUCAAAACAUACUGUUAUCAGAUGACCUGGAUGAUAUGGACGAAGACAUACUUUCCACAGGAACCCUGCAAUAUGCCGCCUGGCAGAUGGACCGGCGAGUGAGCGACCUUUGGCCUGUGGCCUCCGAGAACCAAUCCCUGUGGAAACAUUCUGCUCCAAGCCUGAUGUCCCUCCGGCCUCGACAUGGAGACCCCAUGCUGAACCUGAGCUCACAGAGGUUGGUAGAGGAAGGCGAUACUGACGCCUGGUCCCCGCGGGCCCCCGGCCGCCCUCACGCACGGGAUCUGAACCGGUCCGAAUCAGAUUCCUCUCUCUCUAUGUCUCAGUACGGGGACACCCAGCACAUCUCCUCAGCUUUACAACACAAUAAGCUUUCCAGGUCCAAUGGGGGUUCGUCCACAGACAGCCCGCUACUGCAGAAAAAGACCUUUGGGAUGGAGAAGUGCGUCAGUCUCGGAGAGAUCCACUCUCAGCCGUCUAGCCUCACCUCAGUCGACUCCACACGUUCUCUCAUCUACACCUCUGAACCGGACGGUUCUUCACCAACUUUAGGAAGGCCAGGCGGUCGUAUUCCUCAGAUCACCGACAGGAAGAACCUGGUGGAUGAGGACAGCGGCUCCACGGGAGAAGACACGGAAGGUUCUAUCUCUGGCAACAAGAAGCGCAACUUUCCCAGGAUCUUUAAGAGACCAAAGAAAUAACAAUAGUUUGAAAUCCAUUAAACCAUGAAAAUAUUCAGAUUUACAGGACUGAGAGUAGCACAUUGGUACUUAAGUUUGUGUCGACCUGCUGGAACAGAUACAUUUUCAUUUGUUGGGAACAGGUACGAUAUCACUGUAAAUGUAUUUAUUUAGAUACUGCAAUGGCACGAGAUGGUUUGUGCGUUUUUGGAUUGCGUGUUUCUUUUUUUUACUAUGAACCUCAAGCCUCUGAUUUACAAGCACAUGCAAAGGCUUUCGGCACAUUCAAAUAUCAUGUGCUGUUGUUUUACAUAGGAUUUGCCUGGACUUUAUCGACUUGCUGCUGCUGUUGUGAUGCAACAUAGCAUUGCACUUCCAGGGGAUACGUUUGGCUUCAAUUAUUACUAUCUUUACUUUUUAAAAGCCUUUGUAAACAUUAUUCAUCUUCAUAAAUAUUCCACAUCGCCUGAAAAAAAAACACUGAUUUGCAUGUGACGUCAAUGGAC